AUGCCAACUUCAACACCUAAACCGAACACUAAUCCAGAAUCAAACUUUAGAACUCAACUCACUGGAUUCAAAUGGGCAAGAGGUGUCACUGAUGAUUCAAAUAAUACACAAUCAACUGCAAAUUCAAAUUUGUUUUCAAGAUUUACUGGAUCGAUUUCAGGUUAUGUACCAUUAAGAAGUAAUGAAAGAUCAAAUGAAGAAGAAGCGUAUUACGCUUUAUCUCGUUGGGAAAGGACAAUAGGAUUUUUAUUUUGUAUUGCAGGAGCUUCAGUUUGUUUUUUAAUCGCUUUUUUAACAUUACCAUUACUAGCUUUUAAACCAAGGAAAUUUGCUGUUGCAUUUUCUUUAGGUUCAUUACUUUUUAUGAUUGGUUUUAUGAUCUUACAAGGUCCAAUUCAACAUUUUCAACAUAUCUUUUCAGUUCAACGUUUACCAUUCACUUUAUCUUAUUUAAUUAGUCUUUUGGCUACUUUUUAUUUUGCAAUUGGUCUUCAUUCUUAUCUUGGAACUCUGAUUGCUGGUAUAGUACAGGUCAUUGCUCUGAUAUCAUAUUUCGUAGCCUAUUUCCCUGGUGGUCUAACAACGUUAAAAUUCAUGGGAAGCAUGGGCCUAAGAGGUGCUACAAGUUAUCUACCCAUCUGA